AUGUGCGUUGAUCGAUGCAAUGAGUUCUCCAAGCAUCUCUCUGGAUCCCCCUACUCAAAGUUAAUUGUCGGUCAGGAUGGUCCCUCCGGCACUGAGGCCUCGUCCGCUCAUGCUGCCUACCAAACUAAGGCAUACGAUGCAUUCUUCAUCUCUUACCUUCAGGGUAUUCAGACCUACGCCGACAUUGACGCCAACCCUCGCAUCGCCUGGACUUACGAAUCAAAGCUUGACAAGUCCAUGCACUACUUCAAAGUAGUCGCUCAGCACGACAUGGUUUGUCACCGCCACAACGACCUUUUCAUUCAGAAGGGCACGGUCUAUACCAUGUUUCCCUCUUGGAAACGUGGAGAGGCCGAGAUCCAUAACAUCGCCAAGGCUCAGGGCCUUGACGUCAAGACUCUCGGCAAGGCUGAGCACUCUGGCAUGCGCCAGUACUUGAUCCAGCCUCGCAUUUAA